AUGAGUCUAGGUGGAUUUUCAUCAUCUGGUUGUGUUAGCAAUCAAGGUAAAGAAGGUAUAGAAGAUAUUCAAGGAAAUGAAUAUUCAACAGGUGGAAAUCAUUCAUUUGGAAUGUCAUCGUCAGGUUCAAUUAAUAAUCAAGCACAUUUAAAUUGUAAAAAUAAAGAUGAUAUUGGAGAACAUAAAACAAUUUCAAAUAAUCUUCCAAGAAGUAUUCCAUUUAAAAACUAA